AUGGCGUCAUUUAGUUUAUUAUUAUUAUUAUCUUCUUUAGCCUACAAAGCCAUUGACAUUUCAUCUUAUAUAUUUCAGAUGAUAAGAACAGCGUAUGGAAUUACACAUUGGCAUAUACAAACUAAUGACAAUAAUAAUAAUAAUAAUAAUAAUAAUAAUAAUAAUAAUAGUGAUAAUAAUAAUAAUGACAGUAAUAACAUUAGUAACAAUAGUAAUAGUAAUGAUAGUAGUACUAAUAAUAAUGAUAAUGAUAUGAGUAAUGGUAAUAUUACUAAUAGUAAUAGUAAUAAUAAGUCAUAA